UCGACAGAACAGUAUGUAUCGUUUCCUGAUUGUUCUCGCUCUUUGCGGCCACCUGGCCAAUGCGAUCGGCUGGUCACGUGACACCAGUCUACAUGACCUUGUGAACAACCCGUUUGAUCGGACGGCGGCUGGUGCAGACAGGUAUGGGUCCGUAGAUAAGACGCGGGAAGAUUACGGCGGCUGGCCAACUUACCAAGAAGCUGUGGAGACACUGAGUGAUCCGAAAGGGUGGAUGGACAGAACUUAUUCCAACAUCAAAGACAAAGUGACCGAGAUCCUCAAUGGCGGAGAAAAAUCAGAUGCUGUUGACACACGUCAAACCCCACCCUACCAAGAUCUAUGCACCCCUGAUGUACCUUUUGGGUACGAGGCGAGGAGUUACAAUGCUUCUGUAUGGGCGUCUGUAGAGAUAGUGAGCAUGUCCUCGGAUUGGGCAGUCCUAAGUGCUAAGCCUUUACUGGAAGAGUACUUCAUGGGGCACAAUGACCAAAAUUUGACCAGGAAUAUGACCACACCACUUCGAAUGAAAGGGCCUUGGCCUAUGAACUCGUAUCCCGGGAUCGACGAGAAGACGUUCACAUUUUCUCUAUACCUGCCUACUGAGUGGCAUACAAACACUCCCAAACCUCUGGACGAACGUGUUGUUAUCCGUCAAGAGCCAGUCACAAGAUACUUUGCCAAGAAGUUUUCAAGCUACACUUACUCCUUCCGUAAUUUCCAAGAGUUGUUUACGCUGGAGGGUCUGUUAAACCAACGCAGGGAGCAGUUUGUCGGUAACCAGUUUUUCGUCAAUGUCUAUGAUCCAAACACCAAAGUCAUAAACCGCCUUAAUGAGGUCAUGGUUUUGGUGAAACCGUCUGCUCUCAAACUAACAUGCAAUGUGACACACGCCAACCUCAAGCCCAUCGCACUGAAUGAGCCCAAAUAUGUCCAACUUUGCAAGAAUACUACGAAUUACGAGGCGAGGCUGUAUUCCCGGGCAGUAUGGGUCUCAACAACCGUCAACUCAGUGUCGUCCCAACUGGCAGAAUAUACGGCUCUACCUUUGUUGGAUAAAUACUUCGACAGAUACAACGAUUACGGUGCAUUGGUUCGCAAGACCGAGCCAGUCCGUCUAACCAUGGCCUGGCCGACCUCGACCUUGAACCCAAUCUACUCUCAGGACUACACCUUCUCUUACUUUGUACCUUUGGAUCCCAACUCUCCCAUCCCUCAGCCUUUGGACAAUAAAGUAAAAAUCCUGGACGAGCCAGCCUCUACUCUCUUUGCAAUGAGGUUCAGCGGUUACACAAUGGACUUCCUCAACGUGCUACAACUUCAGGAGCUCAGAUCUCACUUGAAUGAAGCAGAGGAGGAAUAUGUGACCUCGGAUCCCUUUGCUAUCGAGGUUUAUGAUAAGCCCUCAUCAUUUGUUGUGGAUCGUCACAAUGAGGUGCUAGUGCGCAUGGACCCAAGUGUUAAACAACCCAAGUGCGUCAAGAAAAACUUUCCUCCAUGCGUGUACAAAGAUCGAGACUGUCCCAGUUACCGAGUCGUGGGUACCCUGAAAGACACCAUUGAGCAUCGUCAUUUAGCUGGUACCCAAUAUGUCAUGAAGAGUACUCGAACCUGUAACAUCAGCCAAGCGAUUGAUGACGCCUAUAUGCCACUCUACCGUUACUUCACUAAAGGAGCGAACAGCGAGUCUGAGAUUAUGAACCGCACCACUAUGGACAUGUUCCUACUCCACAAAUCAAGAGACAACCCACCCCAGGGGUGUGACUUCACCUACAGUCUGCUGUUCCACCUCCCCGCUGACAGACAACUCAGUGCCCCAGAACCGACUGAGGAUGGUGUUGAACUCAUCAAACAAGAAGCCAGGGAAUUGUUUGUCAUUACUUUUACAAAUUCAACAACUGACCGUGUUCUUGCUGCCAAGGAGACAGAGCUUCGAAAUGAAUUGAACAGACGUGAUCUCUGUUAUAGCUCCACUGAAUCCUUCUUUGCAAGUUAUGAUGCAGCAUGGACACCGGAGCCCCAUCGCAAAGAGAUGUGGAUCCCAGUCGAAAACUGCACUACAACAAGUGUACAAGCUCCUGGUUAUACCAUCUUGGACCGUGGAUGUGGCGAAGGGGUCAACUGCCCAUCUUAUGAGAAGGGGCAAUCCUACGGGUCAUUUGAGGAGAGAAACUACGAUGAGAGCACGUGGAUCUGUAUGACGACAGUGAGCUGUAACGCUGAGCAAGCCUUCAACCAGUCUAUUAUGUCACUGUAUCGGUAUUUCACAGGCAGCUAUGACAUCCAGCCUGAAGCCAGACCUAUCAUUUCCUAUAUGAAAAUUGCUGACUUACUGAGCACCAGGUGCGACAAGGAAAUCAAGACUUGUGCCUACCUCCCAGAAACUGCUUUCAGACUACCCCUGUUAACCCCACCUUAUCGUAUGUCAUUGCUGAAUAUUCCCAGCGAUGACCACCCGUGGCAGGCAGCAUACGUAACAACCCUGCAAGGUUCACCGACCGUCACCAACAUUCAGUCGAGUAUUACAACACUGCUGCAACAGAUCAUGGAUGCAGACUUGUUCCACAGUGGUCGUGUGUUUGUGGCUCGUUACACUCUACCUUCGGAGGAUGGACAACAACACAUCGAAGUCGGAGCUGUGACUGAUACCAUUUCCUAUGACGUCUAAAGAAAAAAAUAUCAAUGUAAAGAUGAUGGAUUUUACAAAUGACUCAAGAGUCGAUUUUUUUUGUAUUGCACAAUUUACACGGUUUUGAUACUUUUUGUAUAAGUUUUUUUUAAAAAUGUGAAUUACUUCCGUUGUAUAACAGGAAAGCCAUUUUAUUUUGAAACUGAAGCAUCAUAAAAGAAAAUUCCUUUACUCUUCUACAUUAACAAUCACUCAAUUUGAUAAUUCUUCAAUCAUUUUACUAUCCUUACUUUAUGAAAGUUUAAGGCACUUUACCACUAUGUCUCUCAUACUCAUUAAUUAGUCAAAAUUAGGGUAAUUAUUUGAGAAAAGAUGAAUAAAACAGAGAGAAAUCUCGAUUUGCAGUAAUGCCCAUUGCAUAUUA